GUAUUAUAUGAUGUAAUGAUUUUAAUUUCAGGUAUCAACAUUCAACAAUCACAUCUGCAAAAUAACAGUUUACAUGUGACUUCAUUGCUUUCAGGACUUUCAGUAGCAGAGAUCCUAAAAAACCCUUGGUCUGUGCAUCGGGAAUUAGGUGCUGAGAAAGGGAUAUCAGUACCCUACAGCGGCAUUCAAUUUCUGUCGGCUGGAAGAAGAUGUUGGCAAUGUCAUCAGGGUCCUGACAAGGACAAAUCCCAGAAGGAGAGAACACAAAGAAAAAGGGAUUUAAUGGUAUGUAAAGCAAAAAAAAAAAAAAUUGCUAUGUGCAUGUACUGUAGUCUUAAAUAUCCAAUUUUCAUACCCUUUAUAGUGAUUCUUAUAGACAUCCAGAGACAUAUAAAACAUGUUUUAUAUGUCUCUGAGACAUCAAAUGCAGCAAGUAACAUUUAUUCCAAAGAGUUGAAGAAAGUUUAUCAAACUUUCAGAUCAUGCAGUAAAAGGCAUAUGUAACAGCAAAGCAGCAGUAAUCAUUUAUGUCUCCUACAUGAAUAUUGUCAUAAACAUGUCAUUUUAUUGAUACCAGAGAAACAAGGACCAUGAUUUUAGCGUGAGAAGACAGAGAGUCCAGAGCACGAAAAAGAGGGGCUGUCCUGCAAUGAUUUUCGAGCUGCAUGAUCUGUAUUUUCCAGAGUUCAAGGUAUGUACAACCAUGGUACAAUGCAUGCAAAUUAAAAACUUGUCUAUUUAAUGUGUACUUGUGUAUUGGAAAAUAGAAUGUAUAAAUCACUUUGAUUUACUCAUUCAUAAUUGUUUCAAUGAUAUGCACAGAUUAUAUGCACAGAUUAUAUGCACAGAUUAUAUGCAUGCUGGUUUACAUACACUGUAUCAACCUCUGAUGAAGAAGAGACACAUCUUGUUCACAGUAAUAAGGGUUUGUCUAUAGUUAUUAUAUUUAAAGCUUGAACAGCAGAGAUGUUACAUGUAUUUUAUUUGUAAUUUUACCUAUUGAUUUUAGAAUAACAAGCAAUUUACUUUUUUAAUUUACUUUUUUUAUUUUCAAGUAGAAGAACAAAACAAUCUACCCAUAUUAUGGACAUCUUGAGUACAUUUAGUUUGUUAC